UUAAGCACAGACCACAUGACCAUCGCGUCCCGAAUGCUUUUAGUCAACAGCAGUUUGCUACUCAACUACACUGAGAGUGAAGGAAUUACCCCUGUGCUCUUUGUGCGGAAUUAAGUCUCUUUGGUGGAUUUGUACAGACUAUAGCGGACGCCAUGCCAGAGCCAACAGAUCUUAACGGGCCCGAUCUAGCAAAGACACUGGGAGGUGGCGCUCCAGGGAAAGAUGGAAAAGAAGCCGUAACCAAUGGACAUACAGAGGGAGAGGUUAACCCAUUUGCAGAGUACAUGUGGAUGGAGAACGAGGAGGAAUAUAACCGCCAGGUAGAGGAAGAGCUAUUGGAACAAGAGUUUCUGGAGCGCUGCUUCCAGGAGAUGUUGGAUGAGGAGGAUCAGGAUUGGUUUAUUCCAGCAAGAGACCUUCCUCCAGGAAUGGGACAGAUUCAGCAGCAGUUUAACGGCCUGUCAGUCAGCGACAGCAACAGCAACACAGAGGAGAUUGUGCGCAAGAGCAGCUUAAACCCUGAAGCCAAGGAGUUCGUCCCAGGAGUGAAAUACUAGGGAUCAUCCUCACCCUCUGGAGUGGAGUCCUCUCACACGCACAUAGAGACUUUUUUUGGCUGGAAUUGCCCCAGCCAUGUACACGCUCUCAUAAAUAAGUACACACACAGCUGUGAGGGGCUGGAGGAGGAGGGUGAGGGUUUUUUGAGGGGGGGUGGAGGGAGGAGGGUUUAUCUAUAAGCUUUUUAUUUUUCCAUUUGUUACAUGUAAACCAAGGGAAGGGAGCAUAGACGCAGCCUCUAGGAGGAGCCAUGGCAACCUCACCUUGCACUCGAAAACAGAGCCGUUUUAUUUCUUUCUAUCGAUAAGCCAAGAAGACAGAUCACCCCAGCUCUCACGUAGAUGACCGUGCCUGACUAUAUAUAUUUACUUUCUCCUUGCCUGAUUUGUUUGUCUCUUUUGUUUUCUUUUUUGUUGUCUUUGAAAAAUAAGGGAGGUUUAUGUCUGGCUGGGAUAGUCAUGCCUCAUAACUGUGGGUUCGGAGGAACAGCUUGGGGUGUGACUGGAUGUUAAAUGGUUCACUUCAUCAUGGGCCAGUUUGAGUAGAAUGGCAAGAAAAAUCUGUGGAGGUUUUCACAUGAAAACAUUAUUUGAUUUUGAGUAGAAAUUCUUACAUGCAAGAAUGCAAUUAUUUGAAACAAAAAGAAGAAAAAAAUUAAAUAAAAUUUAAAAAUGUUGGUA